AUGCCUUCAACACUUGACGAAGAUAACUCAAUCAUUCAUUGCGAUCAGUUGCUGAAAGAAUACCUUGUGUGGCGAGGGUUUAAUAGAACUCUCACCAAUUUUGAAAUGGACCGUAAAAUGGACAAGAACAAGGCUUUCCAAACGGAAAAGAUUGUUGAACAAUUAUUUCAAUAUAUUCGUAAUUAUGAAAUUCAUGCGUUUAUGGAGUAUUGGGGAUAUUUAGAAAAACAAUUCUUUUCGAAAUUAUAUGAAUCAUCGGGUUUUUAUAAUAAGCCUUUAUCAUCACCAGGCCACAGUAAUUUAUCAUCAUCAUCAUCAACCAAUAAUUUCGGAGGAGGAGAACGACAAAUGUAUGAUAAUAGUGGAGAUUCUUCAAACACUUCGAACAAUGUCAAUGCAAAUUCAUCAUCAACCAGCUCUGUCAGCAACACUCUUCUCGAUACUCAGCAAAGUUCCAAUGGUGCCAACGAUUCUUUGUCCCCUUCUUCAUCGGCUCUUCCAACAUCCACAAACUCUAACAACAACAAUAGCAACAAUUCAAUGCACAUUUCUAACAGCUCUCCUAUUGGUUCAUUAUUAGGCCGACACGCUUCCUCCAGCACUUCAUCCUAUUAUGAAACCAUCCGAAAGCUCGAACAAUCUCUGAAAAAAGUAUUACGUGGUCCAUUGCGCACAGAAUAG